CAGCCCAAAGCAGUCUUCUAAAAGAUAGACUCUGCUUCUACAACCCUUAAUAUCUAUCCCCAUUAUUCUUUUGCUAACUGUUUCCCAGUGCAUUGUAAACGGAAGAUUAUGGGAGCCAGUGAAAGCAGAUGAAGAUCUGAUAGAAUCGCACUGGCACAGCCCAAGACCCGAGUGAUUUGUGCACUCUAUGGCCAACUCCGGGGCACUUUUAGCAUCGCUUCAAUCUAUUAGCAUAAUGAGAAAAGCUCAACCCAGUUGGGCAUUGGAUUGGUUUGGACUGGGCUGUGCUGGGCCCCCCGUUAAAAGAUCAAUUAGCAACUCGAAUGAAUUUCAAUUUCCAACUGAAUAUCAAGAUCAGAUUACAUAGCAAAGCUAAAGGUAAAGGUAAAGCCAGCGAAGACAGCGGGAGAGCUAUCAAAAUGAAACACUUUUACUUUGCGUUUCGCGUUUCGCUUUAAACGAUUAACGAGACGAGUCGAGAAAAACACCAAAGAAGACGGUCAAAAAUCGGUUUCUGAUGAUGUUUGUUUUAUGCGCAUAAUUCGAAAUUUAUUUUAUGUCUUAUUAAUUUUACAUAAGCGAAGCGAAGCGCCGCGUCGGCUGCUUCCGCGAGUCUGGGAAAAAAGUGUAUCUCAUGGAUAGACAGAGAUGGAGAGGGGAAGAGAUGAAGCAAUUAACAGAAGAAGAUGGAGUGGAAAAAGUAAAAGUUGAAAAGGUUGCUGCAGCUGCAGGUGGCAAGAGCCAAGAGGCAAGAGGCAGGCCAAAGAGCUCUUCAGUCUCCGGCCAAAUGCCAAUCGAGAAAUGUGUCACAAACACACACAAAAAAAUGCCCAGAGAAAGAAAUCUGAAAACAUUUUUGAAGGCGUGGGAGUUUUCGGCUGAGUUUUGCCAAUCAACUUGUCAAACGAAUCGAACCGAAUCUGAAUCUGAAUCCGUAUGCCCCAACAAUAAACUUGAGCUUCACUUCAUUUGGGGGCCCCCGUAACUUUCGUUCGCCAAGAUCUUGGGAGAGCCAGAAACACCUUUGAGAGCAACUGAGAGAUCUGUCAGUCAGUCAGUGAGUCGCUUUGUUGUCGUGCUGCCUCAAGGGCCAUCACAUCAAUUUAUUUAUGAAUUUGUCACAAAUUGAAAGCGAAAGCCGAAACACCAAUCGACACACCAAUCGAUCGUGGCUGUAUAAAAGUUUCAUCGACUGCAGUCGCGGCACGGCAGCCCCAGCAGCAGCAACACCAACACCACAGCCACACCAUUUCGGAGGAGAGCUAUUCGAAGGAACCAACAAAAUGUUCAGCAUACGCAGUGUGGGCCCUCUGCUAAUGGCCAUGGCCCUGCUGAUCGGCCUGGUUGUGGCCAAACAGGAGACUGCAGCCCGUCAAUUUGGUGGCCAGAAUGGCUUUGGGAAUGGCUUGGGGCCUGGCCUUGGACCUGGUCUCGGUCCAGGCAUUGGAUCCGGAUCCCUUCCACCCUGGGGACCACCACAGCAGCCCAUCGGUGGCGGCGGCGGUGGCUGUCCACUCUGUGACUCUUCGGUGUACAGCUAUUGCUCCCAUAAGAUGGUGCAUGACUCCUGCUGCUGCGAUUUUCCAGCAUCUGCCCCGCAGCUGCGGCCGCCGCAGUGCUCCUACUACGACUGCUCCCUGCUGUAUGCCAAAUCCUGCUACGAGCACGCCCUCAUCAAGAACUGCUGCUGCAAUAAUCCCUACUGAGGGGAAGCAGCCCCCCCAAUGCUGAUGAACUGAUGCCCAACAUUUAUUUAUUUAUUCAACAAACUAUUUUACAUGUAUUUAAACCAGAGGCCAGGCCAUGGCCUUUAAUUCCACUCGACGCUAAAUAUAAUUAAGUAAAUUAUUUUAAAAAACCAAA